AUGGAGGUUUGCAAAGAUGGAAUAAGUCAUACAACAAUUCAUGAAGACAAUACAACGGCGUCCCAGGUAACGGUGUCAACUUUCAGCGGCGGUCGCACCUCAAGUUUUGAAGCCUUAAUAAAUAUUGACGAUGCCUUAUUGGAAACUGAUAGAAAUAUAAAGACUUUUGAUAUACACAAUAGGCCUUCUUUGUCAGAUUUUGCAGAGAAAAUUCGCUUGCUGGAGAUUGAAGGAAAUAAAUUGAGGGAAGCUACCGUAUCAAGUUUGGGCCAUGUUAAUGGAUAUAGCUUCGAUAUCAAUAAUUUUGAGAUUCCAAAGAUCCAGUCUCCCAGUCUAGACAGUUUGUCUGCUCUGAUUGAUAUUUCAGCUGAACAAAGGUUUAUCUCAGAUCUCAGAACUCAGUUGGAGAAACAGAGCAAGGAGACGGAGCGUCUCCAGAAGCAACUUGGAGAUGUCUCAACCCUAUGCAGCACUUCUACCUCACUUCACUCCAGCAGCCAAAAUUUGUGCCCCAACUUUGACCACAAUAUGGGCUCUGUAGGCAACAAUGCAUUUAUAUAUCAUUCCUGCGGUCCAGAAAAGCUGGCGUUUUCUGUCGUGCCCAACAGUGAGCUGCGGCAGUCAUUGAGCUGUAGGAAUUUCGAUUAUGAACCUCCGCCUCAUCUGCAGAGAUCACUGAAAGAAUCACAAGAGCACAUUAUGGAUCUCAGACAAAAAUUGCAAGAGUUAACUGAAUCAUCAGAACAACAAAAAAGACAGUUUUCCAGGACAGUUGAAGAUUUGAGGACCAAACUGCAUGAUACAAUGCUCAACAGAGAUACAGUUCUUGAGCUGAGGCAAAAAGAAUCAAACAGCCAGGGACUUUUGAUAAACAAACUACAGUCUUCCUUCACCCAGCUUCAAGAGAAAUACACUUUGCAAGAAGAGACCCUGGCCUCAGUUUCCAAGAAACUUGAUUUCUACAAUCAGAAUGACUAUGAAAUGGAGGCAGCACUGUCUCAGAUCAGAAAUAUUCUUGUAGAGAGGGAGAAGAAACGUGGGCAGCCAUAUUUUGAAGCUGAGCCAGCUACUAGUCAGAGUGCCACCAUGUUGGCUCAUACAUUUGAGAAUUGUCUGCAGGAGCUGGAUCACUUGAUUAGUGUCAAAACUGGCAGGGUAUCAGAGCUGGAGGCAGAUGUGAAUGAAAUCAAGAGACACUCAGCAGAGAGGGAGAAAGCUCUGGCCAAAGAAUAUCAGGAAAUGUUGAAAAAAGAAGUUGAUGAUGUAGCUAAAAAGAUCACAGAGCUGCAUGCUGAACAUGGGCAAACCAUCACUGAUCUGACAGAGUCAUUAGCUGUUGCCAAGCAACAGGUUACUGCACUCCAGAAUCAACUAGAGACAAAUGAGACAAUCAGCCAGCAUAAUAUCCAAGCUAAAGAGAUGGAAAUCAGAGAUUUACAAGACAGAAUAGAUGAACUGGAAGCAGACCAUAUGAAGGCUAAGGCCCUGUGGCAUGAGAAGUUGAUUGAAGCUAAACAUGACCAGGUUGCAACUGAAAGAUUGCGUCAGGCCCUGGAGUUGAGCUUAGAUCAGGUACAGAGAGAGCUCAUUGAAACUAAAGCAGAAAAAAAUGAGUUAAUGAGAUCAGAAGCUGCUCUUAACUCCCAGAUUGAAGACUUUCAGUCCCUGGCAAGCAGAUAUGAAAAUGACCUUGAAACUGAACGCGACCGCAUACAACAACAGCGCAAACGAGAGGAGGAUCUGAGGUCACAGAGGCUGGAAAAGAUGCUGGAGGUUGUCAAGCAGGAGUGCAGUGCAACAGUGUCUGACAGGGUUGCCAGUGCUGAAAAGUUUGAAAGAGAUCGUUACCUCGACCAACUCAACAGCUUGUCUUCCCAGCUGUCCACCAUGACGGAGAGUUGUAACAAACUAACCACUGAGAAGCAGAUGGCUCAGAGUGAGACUGCGGAUCUUAGGUCACAAGUUGAAGAGCUACGACUCAAGCUGGAGAAGACCAGGUCCCAGUUGGAGUCAGUUUCAGCAGAAAGGUUGAAUCUAAAUUCUUUGUUGGAAGAAAAACAAGAAAACUUGGAUAGACAGCAGAAGGAGAAAGAUUGUUACCUCAAGAUGGUAGAACAGCAAGCUGAUGAGGUAACUGAGCUAAAAGAAGCUGUGGAUAGGCUGAAGGCACAGUUGGAUGAAAAGGAGAAAUUUUUCAGCACUUUGAGCCAGCAGUCAAGUAAUAUCAAUCAUCUUAUGGAGGUAAAUGCCAGGGCUAAUGAAAACAUAAAGGAAGAACGAGAGAAGCUGGCAUUGGCUUUGAAAGAUAAAGAUUCACAGGUGGAGAUGUUAAAAGUAUCCCAGAACAUGUUGCAUAAGAAGUUGAAAACUAGAGACAGAAGAAUGAAGGAUCUUGAAGAUGAGAGGUUGAAGAUAACAGAGGAGCUUGCCACAAAGAACCAAGAACUAGAGCUUUUGCAGCAAGAAAAAGAGAACAUCUUCAAAGAGCUCAAGGAAAGUAGAAUAGAAGUUGCUAACUGGAUGUCUAGGAGAGAUCUUCUUAAAAAGGAAGUAGUGAGAGGAAGAGCUCUUCAUGCCAAAGAGAUAAAUAAAUUGCAAACAAAACUAAAAGAAUAUGAGCAAGGCUACAGACUGUCGCAGAGAGCAUUAAGAAGUAAAGACAUGACAGAUCACAGAGCUGUAAAAUUUGCAGACAAGAUUCAGAAAGAGAUGACUGUGAAGAGAAGUGAAGUUGAUCAGCUGCUGUCAAAACUACAUAAUUUGGAGGAUAAUUUAGAAGCUGUUACCAAG